AUUCAACACGAGCUCAAAGCGUAGGAAAGAAGGACAACCUUCUUCCCCCUUCUAACAUGCCUCGUCCAACAACGGACAGGGUCAUCCACGACUACACCGCAAAGAUCCUCCCCGCGACAAUGAUACUCACCCUCGUCAUCUUCACCGUCGUCGUCCUGGUCUACAGCAUCAGCGAAAAGGCCGCCGUGCCCCGGGACGCCGCCGUCGCUUUCGCCGGCAUAGUCUUUGGUUUCUCGGGGCUGUGGUUGUUAGGACACCUCGUCAUGUACUGCCGCGGCGCGCAGGCCGUCUCGCCUCCGCCUCUGGCUUUGCCUCUGCCUCUGGCGGGGAUCGCGACUGGGGUCGGAGCCACCACGAUGGUUGUUCCACAGGUUUCGCAGGCGGCUGUUGAUGUGGUGGUGCCUCCCACGGUUCAUCUCCAUCAGCAGCAGCAGCAGCAGCAGCAACAGCAUCAACGAGUUUAUCAACCGCAGAAUAAUCAGUACCGAGAAUAUGAACAGCCUCAAGGUUUCCCCCCGCAACUUCAACCUCACUCGCAACCGGAGGAUCAGUCUCACCGGCAACAGCGAGAAGACGCCGUAGUUGUGCGAGCAGAUCAGCGCGAGCAGCAACAUCGAGAGCAACAGCAACACGAGGGUCAGCAGCGAGGUCAACAAGCAGAAGCCCAAGGGCCGAUGCAAUCCAAGCAGGAGGAACAGAGAAAGCACGAGUCCCAUCGAAGACUGACAGACCAUAAGCCAUACGUCAAAGAGCCGCCCUAUCCCGAGUCGCCCCCUGGAGCAUAUCAAGGGGGGCCACUGGAAGAAACCAAGAAGUUAUCGCAGCAACGAAUAGAUCAACAUAGGCAACAACAGCUAGAGCAGCAGCCGCAGCAAAGACGCGAGAUAUCUGGGCCUCUCGAGAAUGUAUGGCAGAAACGACCAGGCGUUCCUGUGAGCCAGCCUGCUCCCGUGACAGUGCCCGGCCCUGUUCAACCAAGACAGCAGCCAAAGGGGCCCAGGACUAUGGUAGGGAAAGCACCCGAACCCCCUGAACGCGUUUCCAGCCUCCAGAAGUCGUUGCCAGGAACGUCGUCUCGAAGACAUCGCAGCUCGAGCUUGAGUAGCUCGCGGGUUAAGCGGCCUGGCCAGCUUUCCAGGGGAGCAUCAAGUCUCCCAAGGCCUGUUCGGGGUGGUCGUUUUGGAGACGCCUCUGAGGCUAUCGGUGAGCGAGGUCGUUCACGGGUAGAUCGCAAUCGCCCGGAGAGGUAUCAAGACAGCGAGCCGCAACCUAGGUCUGCUUCAAUCAAAUCAACGAGCUUGGACUCUGCUACCCGGGCAUCUUUGAAGCCCGCCCCCUUGAACAUUGCGAAAGGGGACAGGUCACCACCCGGGGAUGAAAGAUCGAUUGAGGAAUCAAGAGCUACCGGGAAUCACGCCUGUCUUCCAAGUCGACGAUCCGACCAGCUCGAAUCUGACCCCCUGAGUCGACGAGCGCUAGGCCAGACCGUUGCCAAAAACAGGGUACCAACUAUUCGCAAGGUGCCUCCAACGCCACCGAACGAGCCCGCAAUUCCCGUUCAACCCGCUCAAGGCGAGGUACGUGAUCAAUCUAUUCGUGCUGAGGCAUCCUCUUCUUCGUCUCUUUGGCGUUCUCCUCCCCCUUCCCCUGCCCAAUCAGCCCGCAGUAGUAAAACCUUUGAUGAGAUGGGAAUCCUCCCUGGACGCGAAUCGACAGUGUAUGAAGACAUUCGCCACUCUAUGUCCGACUUUGGCAACCUCUUGUGUCGUUCUUUCACUAAUCCUCGUGCCAGCGAUUCUGACAGUCGCGGGAAACCUCGUAGUCUCAUGACGGACUUUCAGACCAGUGUCGUCUUCAUGCCAAACUACAACUUUACGGCCGCUCAGCUUCUCGACCCCGAAAGUCACGAGUAUGGAAGUCUUCCUUUCCUGGGCCAGUGUGAGAGAGACGAAGAGAAGGUGGCAGCUGGGGAGGAGCUUGAGGACAGGGGUGAUGUCGCUAUGGUCUGCAGUUCGGACAACGCGGGGCAGUGGCUUAUCAAGCUCGUAGAGCUGGCAGAAUCUUCCAAUGAGGUCGAGGGUGAUUUUAUGAAAUAGAAUUGUUUCGUAGGAAGUUUUGUUAUCUAUAGAUCUUGUUCACGCGGAAGAUGGACGCAGUUUUCAUUUUUACGGCUACGAUAUCUUAGACUUAUGAGCGUCCUUGUUGGGUAAGAUGCCAUAACCUUUUCCCCGCACCCUUUUCCGUUCCCUGUCCGAAAUGAUACGUUUGAACGAGGAGUUGAGUGGACUGAAUUACUU